UUUGCCGGAACAGCUUUAUUUUGAAAGCCGGGGAUCCGCUCGGCUGCGAUGCUGUCAGCAGUUUUGGUCAGCUGACCCCCACGGCGAGGCUUUAGUAACAACCCGGGAGGGAGAUCACACCAUGUUGCCUGACAAAGAUGGUCCAGGCGGUGGAGGUGGUCAGGCCGUCCCAGAGGGAGAGGACCCCUCUGUGACUCUGUUCAGAGACUACCUCCGUCUGAAAACUGUCCACCCGGAGCCUGACUAUGAUGCUGCACUUAGGUUCCUGGACAGAAUAGCAGAGGAACUUGAGCUCCCCAUGAAAAAGAUUGAGGUUUUCCACCGCAGGGUUGUUUGUAUUAUGACAUGGGAGGGGACUGAUCCUUCGCUAAAAUCCAUAUUGUUAAAUUCCCACACAGACGUUGUACCUGUGUUUCAGGAACACUGGAAGUAUGAUGCUUUCGCAGCUGUGAAAGAUCCAGAGGGUAACAUUUACGCCCGGGGGUCACAGGAUAUGAAAUGUGUAACCGUACAGUAUAUCCAGGCAAUCAGAAGACUGAAAGCAGAGGGAAGGAAACUGAUGCGCACUGUACACUUAAUGUUUGUUCCUGAUGAAGAAGUUGGAGGUCACAAAGGAAUGGAGACAUUUGUGACGCACCCUGAGUUCCAAAAGUUGAAUAUUGGUUUUGCUCUUGAUGAAGGUCUGGCCAACCCUGCAGAGGCCUUCACUGUCUUCUAUGGAGAAAGGAACCCCUGGUGGAUAACAAUCCAUUGCCCAGGCAGUCCUGGCCAUGGGUCGAGGUUUGUGGAGAACACAGCGGCAGAGAAGCUGCGCAAUAUUAUCAACACUUUCAUGGACUUCAGAGAGAAGGAGAAACAAAGGUUAAAUACCAGUGAGUGUUUCACUCUUGGGGAUGUGACCACGGUGAAUAUGACGAUGGUGAAAGGAGGGGUUGCCUACAAUGUCAUCCCAGCUGAAAUGGAUGUCAGCUUUGACCUGAGAAUACCACCAACAGUAAAUCUUCAGGAGUUUGAGAAGCAGAUCAAACAGUGGUGUAAAGAAGCAGGGGAAGGAAUCACUUACGAGUUUGCUCAGAAACACAUGAACCAGAAUGUGACGUCCACAGAGGACAGUGAUCCCUGGUGGAACGCCUUCAGCACUACCUGCAAAGCAAUGAACAUGACUUUGGAAAAGGAGAUAUUUCCAGCAGCCACGGACAGCCGUUUCAUCCGAGCAGUGGGUAUCCCUGCUAUCGGCUUUUCCCCAAUGAACCGGACGCCGAUCCUGCUGCACGAUCACAACGAGUACCUGAACGAGCAGGUCUUCCUCAAGGGCAUUGACGUGUACGAAAGGCUCAUCCCAGCUCUCGCCAGCGUUCCUACCCUCCCCGAUGAGGCUUAGACAGACCCUCAUCUUUAAUCCUCUCCUUAAAUGCAGUUUCACUGAUGAUCAGAUAAACUAACUUGAAAAAAAAAAAUUACCAAAGAAUAACAAAUAUAUCAUUAAGCCAACCAGAGCACUUAGCUUUUGGUACCAUGAUUUUAUUUUUAUCUCUAUUUCUUUUAUAUAUUUCUCAGGAUACAGGCACAGCAGCCUUGCAGAUCCUUUUGAAAAUCAUAAUCUGUCAACAUCGUCGAUUGAGUGUGUGUGUGUGUGUGUGUACAUGUGAAUAUCACUUGCUAGCUAAAUCACACUACCUAAUUGUAUAGAAAUAUAAACUCACAAAAAUGUGAAUAAUACUUUGACUUAAAGUCACUUAGAUGAAAAGCCUUUUGAAUGCCACUUUGUAAACUGAGUUUCAUUUUAAUAGUUUAUGUUUCCUGAGAUAGAAUUUCAUUUAAUAAAGGGGAUUUGAAUAAGA